AUGCAGCUCAUUAUCUGCAGGAAGACUUUACACCCCACAUUUGUCAUUUGUGUUGCUGCCCUGAGGUCCAAAAUGAAUAUCGAUCAUGUUCCAGGACCGAUGAAAAUCUCUGCCAGAGGAAGACUCCAGAUCUCCUACCAGGACACCAACUACAGGCGCUCUAUUCCAGCUGAAGAGCGCCUGUCCAUCUGUCUGCGGUUUCUUGCCACUGGGGACUCCUACAGGACCAUUGCGGGGAGCUUCAGAGCGGGCAUAUCCACCGUCUCCAUGCUCAUCCCAGAUGUGGUGGCAGCCAUCUGGGACUGCCUCGUGGAGGAGUUCAUGGCUGUGCCUGGAGCAGAGGAGUGGAGGUAA